AUGGAGCGCUGGAAGGGCCGAGUGGCGCUGGUGACCGGCGCUUCGGUGGGCAUCGGGGCGGCCGUGGCCCGGGCGCUGGUGCAGCACGGCCUGAAGGUGGUGGGCUGCGCCCGGAGCGUGGACAAGAUAGAGAAAUUGGCAGCAGAAUGCCAGAGUGCGGGAUACCCUGGCGUCCUUAUCCCCUAUAAGUGCGAUCUGUCCAAUGAAGAGGAGAUCCUAUCUAUGUUCUCUGCAAUCAAGACUCUACAUCAAGGGGUUGAUGUGUGCAUCAACAAUGCUGGCUUGGCUCGCCCCGAGCCCCUGCUCUCUGGGAAAACGGAGGGUUGGAGGAUGAUGAUAGAUGUCAAUGUUAUGGCCGUAAGUAUCUGCACUCGGGAGGUCUAUCGGUCCAUGAAGGAGAGAAACAUUGAUGAUGGCCAUAUUAUUAACAUUAACAGCAUGAAUGGCCACAGUGUCGUGCCACAGUCAGUUGUUCAUUUUUACAGUGCCACCAAGUAUGCUGUUACAGCACUGACGGAGGGGCUAAGACAAGAACUUAGAGAAGCCAAGACUCAUAUACGAGCUACAUGUAUAUCUCCAGGACUGGUGGAAACUGGAUUUGCUUUUAAACUUCACGAUAAUGAUCCAGAAAGAGCCGCUGCAACCUACGAGAGCAUUAGGUGUCUAAAAGCUGAAGAUAUGGCCAAUGCUGUCAUAUAUGUACUAAGUGCUCCACCUCAUGUACAGAUUGGAGAUAUUCAGAUGAGGCCUACAGAGCAGAUUUCAUAG